UUUCUUUUUGUUUCGCACAAUUGAAAGUAAUUCUUCAUGUAAGUUUCUACACGUGUUCUGUGUAGUAGGCUUGAAGCCUACACAUAGUGAAGCAUGUCAGAGACCACCCAGAGUGGCUUCUGAGGCUAAAUUGUUGAAAAUGUUAUCAUAAAUAAGAGCCGGCGAGGACAUGCGCGUACCAGCUCAUCUCUGCUCCUCCUCCGUAUGAUGGUAUAGUGUCACGAGACGACACUCAUGUCCACCCUAUCCCGAAGGUAUUUGAUUGCAAAUAGAACACCCAUUCUCCCUCGUCAUUGGAUUAACGUAAUAGUAAGCAAUCAAUAGGAAGACUGCAAAGAAGCUUGUCCCUUUCGAGCAAGCGCACGUCGGUCUUCGUCAAGCUGAUCAAGGAAUGGCGGACGGCUCACUGCGCAUGCCUGUCGCGCCUAUAACGAAAUGGAGCGCUGUGUAACAUUCGCUAGUGAUCGCUCUACCGACCAAUCAGCAUUAAGCUUUCAAGUUGGAUUCGCGCACGGGGGCCCGCAAACAACAACGGCCGAGAGAAGAGCCAGUCACCGUUCGCCUGCCUGCCUCGCUAGUGAAGCUGUGUUAAGGUUAUUAGGACAUCUAAUUUUCAUUCGUGCCUGAUCGCUGCCUGCUUCUAAGGUUUACGGGUGCUUAUCGAUCGUCCUUCACCGUGCUUCGACCAGCAUCUCCCUCCGCCUGUUCUUUUCCGAGCAAUUAAUUCACGUUCCAGCAUGUCAGGGAGAAGAUCAAAUGUUGUCGAAAAGGUCAAGGCCACGGAAGCUGUUGACAUGAGUGAAGAAAUAGAAAUAGAAAAUGAAUGUGAGAUGCUUGAUGGACAGGAAACUAUUGAACCCGUGGAACACAUGAUUACCGAGACAGAAAAUGAAAGUGUUGAAAUAUCUGAAAAUGGACAGGUUGUGGAAGAAAAAAAAGUAGUUUCGGUUAGCGGCAGUGGCAGGCGCAGACGUAGGAAACAGGCUGUCAAGAGUGGCAACACUGAGCCUGUGAUGAAUGAAAACAUCCUUGAAAAUGAAAAGCCUGGUGAAGAUGACCAAGAGGCUUGCUUUAAGAUUGAUAAAGUAUACAGUGUUGCAGGUGAAUCUGACGACCUGGAAAGUUAUGACAAAGUGCAGGUGGACGAGAAGAGCGUCACCAUUGACACCGUGCAGGAUGAGGACAUUACGAUACAGACGGUGGAGGAAGUCAUCCCCAACGACCACGAGGAAGAGGCCAUUGUGAAGGUAACCACCAAGAAGCCUGAAGUCAAGGAAGAAAGUAAAGAAGCAACGGAUGAAAGUAAAACAAAGGAAGAAAAGCAAAUACAACCCCGGACCCUGCGAGCAACUCUGGCCAAGGUACCCCCCACACUGGCUGCGGGCGGCGGUGUGGGGAGCGUCCGCAUGCUAGGGGGAGGGGUGCGCGGUACAAACAUGCCUCUUAUCGUCAGUAUGGGCGCUGGCAAUCCUGCCAUACCUCUCCUACCAGCGGGCCUUCCUCCUGGUCGCUAUGUCAUCCUCCCAGGAAGCUCUACUACAACCACGAAAACAUCUACCGUCACCACUAUGUCUAGCAGCAUGACUCCUCGCCUGGCCACGAGCGUCGCCACCAGCGGCACACAAGGUCUUGUUGCCGCGCAGAAGACCCUUGCUGCUACCCCACUGGCCCCUCCCACCACCCCCCCGGCGACGGUAGGGGAAAAAAUUUACACACGUGAGCGUGGCCGCCGUAAGUCUUAUACAGCGGGAGAAAAAUUAGCCAUGAUCAGAGCGGUUGAAGGAGGGCAGCGGAAGAGUGCAGUGGCAGAUCGUUUUGGUGUGGCGCCGUCCACUCUCGCUAGUAUACUGGCACAGAAACACAAGAUAAGAUCUGAACAGGACAACUUGACUCGUCGUCGCGUCCGUAGGUAUCAGCUGAAGGAUGAUGCAGCUUCUCGCGCGAGAGUGGCAGGGGUCCAUUCUAGCACCUCCAGCAUGCGGCUCAGCCCCUCCACUGACCACCCGUUUACCCACUUCCUGGCCCCCCUCUCCGCGCCCACUCCCGCGGUCUUAGACACCCAGCCCGAGGACAUCGUUGCCGUUCCUGACCUGAUGGAGCGGCUGGCCAGCGGGGGCAGCGGGUCUGACGCUUGCAAGCAGGAAAGUGCGACCGACGCGGAGGAAGACUCUCGAGAGGAGGAGACAAGCUUUCUGGAGCCUGAGUCCGUGCUGGAGUCUACCUUAUUGCAAGAACAGCCAGCGUCUAAAGGCAAAGGGUUCCAGCAGGCUGCUAAUACCUCGCAGCCUGACGCUGAUGAGCCGCUGUCCCAAGAUGGCCAGCAGAGGACGUCGCCCACUGCUGGUACUUCAGGUUUAGUUGGUCCGUAUCUCUUGAAGAAGGAGGCUCACUGCUCUACGGUGCUUGAUCAGCUAAUGAGAGAUGAGACUUUCACUGAUGUAACACUCACGGCAGAGGGGCAGAGUCUCAGAGCACACAGAAUUGUAUUGUGUUUGGCCAGCCCUUACUUCCGGCAAGUCUUGAGUCGAGAGUUAACUGUCCAAAGUGUUGUGGUUCUUCGUGAUAUUAAGUUUUCUGAACUGCGCAAUAUUAUUCACUUUAUAUACACAGGUGAGGCUACAGUGGAUGCCUCUGAACUUGAAUCAUUCAUGAGGACAGCAGAAAUGUUGGAGAUUGCUUCAUUGUGUGAGGGACAGAAGAGCACCUCAAGCCGUGGACCUUUGUCACAGAAUUCCUACAGUUCAGGUUUCACUAUUGGGGACUUUGAGCGACUUGUUGGAACAAAAAGGACAAAGAAAGAAGCAUCACCUACUCCAAGCAAAGUCCGAAGACUUUCAGGUGAGGGCCAUUCAUCAAGGUCAUCUUCAACUGAACCAACAGCCACAAUCAACCCCCUGUCUCUAAUAAAAGAAGAGCCUGAUUGUGAUAACUUAUUUAAUGAUAAAUCUGCCAAAGGAAUCAAUGAAAACACAGACGCCUUAAUUGAAGAGACUCAAGAAAGUGAAAGAACAAGGCGAGAUUCAGGUGAAAGUGUUGGUGGAUUUGCUGCCAUUGCUGGUGUUCAGAAAAGCUCCAGCACAGAUGAGAGGACAGAAGACUUUUCCUCAAUUGCUGAUUCAUCACCAGUUCCUCCAGUAGAUGAUUCGGCAGGACAGAACAUUGCACAAAGUCUUCCAGAUACGACUGCUGUUCCUGGAAGGUGUCCAUACUGUCCACAUCUAGUCCAGAAGUUUGAGGGUGUAGCCAUGAUGCGACAUCUCUUGGUGUCACACCCCUGCAAGCCAGCCUUUCCCUGUGAUACCUGCUGGAGAGUGUUUGUCAAAAGAGCAUACUUUAAGAGUCACCAGCAGAAGUGUCAACAAUCUCUUUGUUAGGUUAUAGUACAAAAAAUUACAAGUAUGGAUAAAGUAGUGCUUUACUUGUUCAUACUAAUGUACUUGUAAGCUCUUGUGUGUGUGUGUGUGUGUGUGUGUGUGUGUGUGUGUGUGUGUGUGUGUGUGUGUGUGUGUGUGUGUGUGUGUGUGUGUGUGCACGUCUGUGUGCAUGUGUGCGCUUGCACUCACACAUUCAUUGUGCAUAUAUGUAAACUUGGAAGAAAUACCAAUGUGAGGCCUGAGCUUUGUAGUAUAGAAUACAUCAUACUCAUGAUCACCAUGCCAAUUUCAUACAUGCUACAAUUCAUAAAUGGGAAACUUACAAACCUAAGUAUGUUUAAACAUCAGGAUUGAAGGUUACAUACUAACCCAUUAAUUAAUUUCUUUAUGUUCUUUAAGGGCAAAAUUCUACCAUGAGAUUACACUUAUCAUGAUCACUUUGCACUAUUAGAUGAGUACUGAGACUGAAAAACCACAGUGAGGUAUGGUGUCGCAGUCUUGUGCUCAUAUGAACACUUCACUUACUGAGAAAUCAUUGUUCUUGUAUCUCACUCACAGUGUGCCCCUUGUGAUGUCAUACUCCUUAACUUAUUGAUUAAUAUGUACUGUUUAUUUUGUAUUUUCAUGUUCAUAAUAUAAUUUUGUUACGUAUAUAAGAAUAGGGAGUAAUGUAAGUCAAGGAAUGCUUUUUGUAGUAUUUUUGUAGAUCUGUAGUGAUUUAGUUUUGUACAAGUGACUGCAGCUUUAAUUGUCUUUUUGUACAUUUGGUCCACCUGUAUCAACUAAGAAUGCCUUGUCAAGUGAAGAUGUUUUAUAUGAUAUUAUUAUACAAUACACAAAUGCCUAAUUCUUUUCUUGGCAAGGCAGCAAUUUGUGUACAGUAGUUGAACAUUUCCUUUACUUCUCACCAUUCUCCAAUGCAUACAGAUAAUUCUUUCUUCAAUUUUUGUUUUAUUUGGACCAGUACUUAUCUCAGGUAUUUACAUGUGUCUAUUUAUGUGUAGUGCAUCCAUAUAUACUACAUAUAUAUGCAUAUUAUCACACAUAAUAGCUUCAUGUUUGAUAACAAUUGCUAAUAACUUUUCAUUGGGUUAUACAUUAUUUAAACUUUCUUGUAAGUCCACUAGUAUAUAUAUUUUCCUCUUUUGUAUGUUUUGUGCACAAAUCUAUCAACCUCAAUGCCAAUACAAGUGCUGUGUUCAACUAGUCUAUUGCUGUCUAAUAUUCUCUUUGGUUAAGUUAUUGUCUUAGUUUAAUAAGUUUACAGCAGUAAUUGUGUAUCUACCAUUCUCUCUCUCUCUCUCUCUCUCUCUCUCUCUCUCUCUCUCUCUCUCUCUCUCUCUCUCUCUCUCUCUCUCUCUCUCUCUCUCUCUCUCUCUCUCUCUCUCUCUCUCUCUCUCUCUCUCUCUCUCUCUCUCUCUCUCUCUCUCUCUCUCUCUCUCUCUCUCUCUCUCUCUCUCUCUCUCUCUCUCUCUCUCUCUCUCUCUCUGUAAUGUACUGGUGCUGUAAGAUAUGGGCUGCACUCUUAACAGUAAGUACUUAUUGCACAUCAUUAUUUCAUCACAUCACUCCUGCCAUGUCAUCAUAUAUUAUUAACAUCCUUCUCGGUUCAUCUAAAUAUUUAUCCUACUUUUUACAAUUACAAACUUCCUAAUUAAGGACAUCGUCUAUCAUCUCGUUAUUUAGAUGCUUCUUCAUGUCUGCCUAGUGGCUUAAAAUUUUCCACACAACUGUAGUCUUCAUAUGUUAUUAAUAUAGUCAUUGCUACCUUUUCUCUUUGCAUUCUUUCAUUCAAACAACAUGAACAAUGGGUUAAACUUUGGUGCAUCCUCCUUGCUGGCUCUCCAAAGCAAGUAAUCACACUCAUUGAUCAUCAAACUAGGUAUGUGACAGCAGACAGACCUGUAUAGUCAACAACACAUCUAUUUUAAGAAGGUUCAAGGUGAGGGAGCUCAUUAUGAAUCAGUUACUGUUAGAACAAGAAGAAAACGUUAUCCUUUUGAUGACUGAAAGAAAUAUACAUAGUUGCUUAGUGCCUGAGUGACAGCUUUGGUGAAGGGCACUGGGUCUGCUAAGGGCCAGGUAUGCCAUACACAAAGGAGAAGGUUAUUUAGGUAUCACCUCCAUAGAACUUAUGACACCAGCCCAUGCCUUGCAUAAGCUAACUUUAUGUCAUUUGUAUGUAAUAAAUAGCUAUUUUACAACAUAAGCAAACUUUUGACAUAUGUUAACAAGAUGAUGUCAAGUGAAUGGACUUAGCUAAGGGAUGUAGUGCUUCUGUAAAGUAGCUUUAGCAUUUAUCAUGUCAUAGGCAAAGUCAUUGCACUAGUUUUGAUAACUGGAAUACUUGAUAGAAGGAAGAAAGCUCUAAUGAAACAGUUUAUGUAUUUUCUAUUCUUAUAAAAUUAAGCUUUGUCUCCUCUUGGAGAGUUUUCAUAUGUGUUGUCUAAAACGUAUGUUUUUAUUAUUAUUAUUUUUUUGGUUAAGUGUUCUGCAUUCUCAUGAAGUGCUAAAAUUAUUGUGUUCAUAAUUCAUGAUUCAGUAUAUUUUUUUUAUCUACUGGUUUAGUAAAUUUUAUGCAUUUAGGAAUGGAUCUAAUUAGGUACAUAACAGAGUUAUUAGAUAUUUAAAAGUUGUAUGACUACUUAAAUAACAGUAGUCACUUCAAAGGAAUGUUUCAUAGUCUUAGAUGCAGCUAUAACAACAUAACAGCUUCUACUUCAUUUUGAUUUUGAUUUUUUUUUUUUUUUUCUCAGUAACAUAUAGAUGCAUUAAGACUAAGGAACUAAUUGAGGAGUGGAGGAAAUAUGGAGAAAUUAAAAUAGAAUUUGUGUAUCUUAAAAAAUCUGAAAAUCA